AGGUGACUAAAACAUGAGAGUGGUCAUUUAAAGUGUCAAAGAGAAUGGGCAAGUGGCCCCAACGGUCAGUGAUCAGAACCAAACAGAAGCCUGGGUGGGGAAGGGCGCCUGGCGCUCCAUCUGGCUGCUUGGCAAGCGGGUGUUUCUGGAGAUGGCCACAUGGGGGGCGGUCACCUCCACAAUCAAAGCUCCAUGAAGUCAGGCACUAGCAUGACAGCAAAGAACACGGCGUCAGGGCUCCCGCUGCAUUCACCCUGACCCCGACCCUGACCCUCUCCCUGGGCCCUCUCGCACGCCGCCUCCUUCCUCCAAGGCCCCCAGCUGGGGCGGCCGGGAGCCUAUAAGGGGGGUGCCUGCCGGGCUCGGGCGCUUCCCGCCGCCAUGGCCCCCCGCCAGCUGCCCUGGACGCUGGUGCUGCUGAGCUGGGCCCUGGUGGCGGCGCCGGGUGCGCCCACCCCGGAGGGGCCUGGGCCCGAGAAGCUGUGCGGCCACCACUUCGUCCGCGCGCUGGUGCGCGUGUGCGGGGGCCCGCGCUGGUCCCCGCAGACCGGGCGGCCAGGGGCUGGCGGAGACCGUGAGCUGCUGCAAUGGCUGGAAGGACGGCAUCUCCUCCAUGGCCUGGUGGUCGAGGACCAGAUGCUGGUACUGGACCCCCAGCCCCUGCCCCAGGCCUCUCACCAUCACCACCACCAUCACCACCACCACCACCACCACCGCCGCCGGGCAACUGCCACCAACCCUGCCCGCCACUGCUGCCUUAGCGGCUGCACCUGGCAGGACCUGCUGACCCUCUGUCCCCACUGAGCCCUCCUAGGGCAUGGCCUCGGGGGAGUCGGAGGCCCAGAGGUUCUGGUUUGGUGACCUCCUGAAGCCAUACCGUACCAUAAAGCCCCAUGUGUGUGUGUGUGUGGGGGGGGGGCAUUGUUGAUUACAUCCUGGGACAGGGAACUCACUGCCUGACCUAGGUCACCCAUCUUCUAUGGGGUCACUGGGGGCGGGGCACCCCACCACCCUGGCUUGGAGAAUCCUUGAUUUUACAGCGAUGUCAGACACCAAGGGCCAACUGUCCUCCCUCUGAGGAGCCCCAGGCACCACCCUCUCUGCACUUGUGACACCCCAUCUUGCUGUCUCCCCAACAAUAAAUAAAACUGCAGAAUUCAAAGUUUGUUUGUUUGUUUUGCAUUUUCUCAAGAAAAAGGGACCAGUCUA